UCAGCUCGUCAGCUGUCUUGCCGUAUUUCGACUUUCGACGCGUGUGCGUGCGAGCGUGCAUGCGUGUGCGUAUGACGUACGCGCGUGGCAAUGACAGUCGGUUCGUUCCGGGAACGUUGAGAGCGCGUGCGAACCGUGGUGAACCGUGGUGAGCCGAGAGGAAGACUCAUCCGUCCGUCCGUCCGAACAUAUGAUCGUAGCCCCGCCGAGGGCGCGCGUCGUCGGUUUUUCCGGGAAGCGUGAUCGUUCGCCUUCCGUACCCCGCCGCGGCCGACCUUAGUCCACGAUCCGAUCGCGCGUGCGACUCGCGGUCCUCGCGGAAAUGACAAAGCGCGCCCCGCUCGCGCGUCAGCACUGAAGAAGAGAAUUCGUUCGCGGACGGAUAAAUCCCGAACGAAGAAGUCCCGAGCGAAAGAAGCGGAGCGCGGCUGCAAACAUGAGUUCCGUCUGGAAACGCUUGCAACGGGUGAACAAGAGAGCGGCCAAGUUUCAGUUCACCGUUUCUUACCACGAGGUCACGUUGGAGACAACGACAAAGUGGAAGCCAAACAAAUUGAGCGUUGUUUGGACAAGACGUAGCAGAAGAGUCAGUUCAGAACCUUUAGACUGGGAGCCAUGUUUGAGUGAUCCUUUGAAGGGUGUCAUUAGCUGGGCAGUUCCUGACAAUCAUACAGUUUCCGUGACACUGUUUAAAGAUCCACGGACACAUGAGCUGGAAGAUAAAGAUUGGACAUUUGUUAUCGAAGAUGUGUCGUCGACGGGAAAGAGACGUCAUGUGGCUGCCACUAAUAUAAAUAUGAAAAAAUAUGCAACUUUAGAAUCUAGUCAGCAACAACUCAAAUUGGACUUGAAGCCAACUUCUAAAAAGAUUGUUAGCGCUACGCUAGAAUGUACUUUGUCAUGUGUAUUUCUACGAGAGGGCAAGGCAACGGAUGAAGAUAUGCAAAGUAUGGCUAGUUUAAUGUCGGUUAAUAAUAACAGCGACAUUGCGCCAUUAGAUGAUUUUGAUAAUGAAGAUAUACCUGAAGAUGUUGAGGAAGUGUCGGUAAAAAAUUUGGACGAGUUUUUAGAUAUCUCUGCUCAACUUGAUCUAAUGACGAACAGUCUUACUGAAAGUGAAUUACCCAGUACUCCUAUAAGUGUGGCAAGUUUAUCAAAGGAUGAUACAACUCCUGUAAAUGAUGGCGAGCAUUUUAUACGCGACAUUAGUCUAACAGGAAUUGGAGACUCUCUAAAGGAAAAAUCACCCGUAAAAGACAAUGUUGCCGUUGAAAAUGACAAAAACAUUGAACACAGCACAUUGAGAUUGCCGCUGCAACCAUUGGAUCUUAAAAAGAAUGACGCAAAUGUUCCAAGACUGAAAGAGGUCACUCCCGGCCAAGAUCUAUUGGAAUGGUGUAAAGAAGUUACAAAGAAUUAUCCCGGUGUCAAAGUCACUAAUCUGACGACAUCUUGGAGAAACGGAAUGGCGUUUUGUGCAAUUAUUCGUCAUUUCAGACCUGAUCUGAUAGACAUCGAUUCUCUAUUGCCGCACGAUGUAAAAGGCAACUGUAAGAAAGCGUUCGACGCGGGUGAAAUUCUGGGCAUACCCAGAGUUAUUGAACCGGCUGACAUGGAUAUAUUAACGGUACCUGAUAAAUUAGCUGUGAUGACUUAUUUAUAUCAAUUGAGAGCGCAUUUUACCGGCCACGAAUUAGAGGUACAUCAAAUAGGUAAAACAACGGACGAGUCCUCUUACAUGAUCGGCAGAUUUAAUACGGACAACAACACUGACGUGAGUGUUCAACUAUUUGGUCAAGAGAUUAUUAAUUUACGGAAGAAGGAACAGAUCGAGCAAAAAAACAAUAAAGCGGAAAAUAACAGACGGUCGAAUCCGUUUGAUAACAAGAAGGAUGACAUCGAUUCGUUAAAAAACAAGCUGCAUUUGAGCCUGAACAUCGACAAUCAGGAUCACGAUCAAUGCAACAAAGACAAAUCGCCAUCCAGCGUGAAGGAGGUCAAGGACAUUAUAUUAGCCAGCUCAAAGAGCAUUCUGGGCAAGGUGUUAUCGCCGACCAAAGAAAAAUACUCGUCGAGAGAGAAGAGUAAGUCUCCGCCGAGAGUGCAACAAGCGCAGCAACGUCCGAUACUUAUGACACGCCGACAAUUAACCGAUCCGUUCGGCUCCGACGACGAAGAGGAGAACAUACAGAUAAUCGAUGACAAAUGGUCGCAAUCGAUCUCGCUUACCAAAUCGCAAAGUCCGGUCCGUGAUGACUCGGUAAACUCUGACGAUAGAGGAAGUCGAGGUAGUUCCGAAUGCCAAGGUGCAUCGCCGCCGUAUGGAGAACAACGGUCACAUCCGUUAGUUAGUCGACACGAUGAAUUGCGAGAGCGAGCGAGACAACUCUUGGAACAAGCUAGGAAUCAAACGAAGCCAUCCGGAUUUGUUUCUGCUGCUAUCAGUCCCGUUGAGACACAGAAUGAUGACGAGAGACAACAGAACUUGCGAGAAAGGGCGAGACGCUUGAUUGCGGAAGUUAAAAUGGGCGUCGCUGUGACUCCAAGUCAGUUAAAUGAUGAUAACAAUAGUGACAGACGAUCGAUAGACGAUCAGAAUAAUAGUCCUAGACGCAGCAUUACGCCAUCGACACCUAGUGAUCGAAUCAGUAUAAAGUCUGAGUACAAUGGAAAUAUACUGGGAAAUUCAAGUAUGAUAGAUGGAGAAAAGAAAACUGGCUCUCCUUUAUAUUCCUUCUCCAAAAUUAUUGAAAGAAUCUCGCCCGAUAAAGGAAGUCCCGAUAGAACUCCGUAUACACUUCGCGGGUUGGGUAAAGACAUGACAUCGUAUAUUCAAAAUGAGCUUGAAGCACUUGAAAGAGAGCAAAAUCAGAUUGACAUACAAGCUGGCAAGCUUGAAAAGCAAUUGAGAGCAGCCAUGGAAAGCGAUAACGAAGAAGAAACGGAAAGACUGAUGGCUCUAUGGUUUACUCUUGUUAACAAAAAAAAUGCUCUCUUAAGAAGACAAAUGCAACUAAACAUACUGGAGAAAGAAGACGAUUUAGAGCGAAGAUUUGAGCUUUUGAAUCACGAAUUAAGAAGCAUUCUUGCAGUGGAAGAUUGGCAAAAAACACCAGAGCAAAAAAUGCGUGAAAAUUUAUUGUUGGAGGAAUUAGUAUCUAUUGUAAACAAAAGGGAUGAGUUGGUGCAUCAUCUCGAUACACAAGAGAGAGCCAUUGAAGAUGAUGACGAAAUAGAGCGUGAUUUAUCUCGCGCUGGACUAGCUCAACGAAAUAAAAAUUGCGUUGUGCAAUGAGGAGUUAAUUAUUUAUCAUGUUUUUUCUCAGAAUUAUUGUGAAGGCAUGAUCCAUGUUGCUGUGGAGUUGUCAAAAAGUCGGCAAAAUUAGAUGUUGAAGAGUCAAGUGUGAACUUUCAUGGUUUACAAACAGGUUAUUUUUGGAGACUUAUUUUUUAUUAUGCAUUGUAGAUUAAUUCAUCAAAAGAUAGAUCAAACAAAUUUUUCCAUUUCUUUUGUUUUUAAUAUAAGUUCGUCGA